AUGAAGGUCCUUUACCUUCUUUUUCUUGUUCUCUACUUCUUCCAAGGCACUUCAGGCACGGGACGAUGCAGGAGACUGAAUGGCGUGUGCCGACAUACCCUGUGCCACCACGUCGAAACAUAUGUUGGCCGAUGCCAUCACGGGAUGGGAAACUGCUGUCUCAAUGAUGAUGAUGAUCGAAAACUGAAAGUGUAGAGACCCUGCUGAAGUGGGAAGCAAAGAAAAGCAGAGGAGCAGUCCCAAGCAAUGCUGAUGAUUCUGUGCUUCC